AUGACGAUUGUUUCUAACCACAAUUAGGUCAACAUUAUAUAGAUUAUAGCUAUUGUUGUCAGCUCUUUUUCUCUUCUAGGAGCUAUAUUUAUUAUUGGAAUAUUUUUGAGUUUCAAAAAGCUCAGGGUUUUCCCCUUUAUAUAUGUCUUUUGGCUCAGUGUAAGUGACUUAAUAUCUUCUAUAGGGUACCUUCUUGUUACUGACUCGAUUGGAGACACUCCUGAAUAGCUUCAAGAGGCAAAUUUUACUUGUAAAACUUAGGCUUUAAUGAUUAAUUUUGGAUAGCUUGCCUCUAUUUGUUGGACUGCAGUUAUUGCCUGGACUCUCUACAACUCCACCGUUAAAGUGGUAACAAACUUACAACAAAAAACAGAAACAAAAAUGGUUGCGAUUGCUUUUGGAUUUCCCCUAAUUAUGUCAUUGAUACCUUUAAUUUUAAAUGAAUAUGGCCCAUAAGGAGGCUGGUGCUGGAUAAAAAGUGAAGGCAGCAAUAAAGUAUUAACAUUUAUUUUGGUAGGAAUAGAAUUUUAUAUUCCUCUUUGGAUAGCAUUCGUAUUUAAUGGCAUAACAAUAUACAGAGUAAUCAAAUAUGUCAAGAGUAUAACUCAAGAUAAAAAUUAGCUGAAACUAAUCAAUAGACUAACACUAUAUCCUCUUAUUUUAUUGGUUUGCUGGAGUGCUGGUACCGUAGAAAGAGUAUUUGAUUUCAUCGGUAUCUCGUCAGAGAUACUUUCAUAUUUGCACAUCUUCUUUGGUGGAUUGUAAGGAUUUUUUAAUGCUUGUGUUUACGGUCUCAAUUCAAAUGUCCGUAAAGUUAUCAGAGAAAAUCUAUGCUCAAGCCUACCAUGCUUUGCAAGUGCAUAUAUAUAUGAAGAAUAAAACCUUAAUGAAGCUGAAGAUCAUCAGCAAGAUAGUAAAAAAACUGCAUCCAUAUCCUCUGGCGAAGGCCAAGUUGAAAUGGAACAACUUAAUCAAUGA